CUAUUAUAAGGACUGCCGGGUGGACCGCUGACUUACAGCUGUCACCUACGUGUGUGGCAGCUUCGCCAAGUUCCCGGGCCGAAAAGGCAGAGGAGACCAGAAGAUCGCGUCCGCCAGCCUGCACUUUCCGUCCGGCGAACCCUGCUCACCUGUCCAGGUGCGACCGCGCCCCCGCGUGCCGGCUAGAGGACCCUGCACCAGCCCGACGCACAGCGCUGCAGACGCUGCGACUCCAAGGCCUAGGGCCUCGCACCCUCAUCUUACCCGUGGAGCAGACAUCAGCAACCCUACAGUCGUCUUGGGAGAGUCCUCCUCCCCUUUCUCUGACAAGGAAAGAUGUCGAAUGGGCAUUCCUUAGACAAGCAGUUCCGCUAUCUCAUCUCGUGCUUCAGGCCCAGAAUAAAAACAUAUAUCCAGGUGGAGCCUGUGCUGGACUACCUGACCUUUCUGCCUGCAGAUGUGAAGGAGCGGAUUCACAGGACCGCUGACACCGAAGGGAACUUGUCUGCAGUUGAACUGCUUCUGAGCACCUUGGAGAAGGAGGACUGGCCCCUCGGGUGGACUCAGGAAUUGGUGGAGGCCCUCCAGAGAGCUGGCAAUCCUUUAGCAGCCCGCUACGUGAACCCCGAGCUGACUGAUUUGCCCUCUCCAUCAUUUGAGCACGCUCAUGAUGAAUGUCUCCAACUGUAAACCUCCUUCAGCCCACUGAACCUCCUUCAGCCCACUCUGGUGGACAAGCUUCUGGUUAGAGAUGUAUUGGAUGCAUGUGUGGAGAAGGACCUGCUGACAACUGAAGACAGAAACCGGAUUGCUGCUGCAGAAAAUACUGGAAAUGAAUCAGGUGUAAGAGAGCUACUAAGAAGAAUCGUGCAGAAAGAAAACUGGUUUUCUACAUUUUUGAGGGUUCUUCAAAAAACAGGAAACGAUAGACUUGUCUGGGAGUUAACAGGCCAAAAUUGCUCAGAAAAUAAUGCAGAGAUUGAGAAUGUACAAGAAAAUGUUCCUGAAGUUGAAGAAUCACUUCUUUCAGUCUCAGAUCAUCCAAGUCCAGAGAAGGAGGGCGGGGACACUGAAAAUAAUUCAUCUUUUGCAGAUUCUUCCAUCACAUCAGAAUCAGACACAAGUUUGGCAGAAGGAAGUGUCAGCUGCUUAGAUGAAAGUCUUGGACAUAACAGCAACAUGGGCAGUGAUUCAGGCACCAUGGGAAGUGAUUCAGAUGAAGAGAAUGUGGUGGGAAGAGCAUCGCCUGAGCCAGAACUACAGCUCAGGCCUUACCAGAUGGAAGUUGCCCAACCAGCCUUGGAAGGGAAGAAUAUCAUCAUAUGCCUCCCUACAGGGAGUGGAAAAACCAGGGUGGCCGUUUACAUUGCCAAGGAUCACCUGGACAAGAAGAAAAAAGCAUCUGAGCCUGGAAAAGUUAUAGUUCUUGUCAACAAGGUACCAUUAGUUGAACAACUAUUCCGCAAAGAGUUCAAUCCAUUUUUGAGGAAAUGGUAUCGUGUAAUUAGAUUAAGUGGUGAUACUCAAUUGAAAAUAUCAUUUCCAGAAGUUGUUGCAUCCUGUGAUGUUAUCAUCAGUACAGCUCAAAUCCUAGAAAACUCUCUUUUAAACUCAGAAAGUGGAGAAGAUGCUGGUGUACAACUGUCAGAUUUUUCUCUCAUUAUCAUUGAUGAAUGUCAUCACACCAACAAGGAAGCAGUCUAUAAUAACAUCAUGAGGCGUUACUUGAAACAGAAGUUGAAAAACUAUACACUCAAGAAAGAGUGCAGACCAGUGGUUCCCCUACCUCAGAUACUGGGACUCACAGCUUCACCUGGUGUUGGAGGGGCCACAAAACAAGCGAAAGCUGAUGAACACAUUUUAAAAAUAUGUGCCAAUCUUGAUGCAUUUACCAUUAAAACUGUGAAAGAAAAUCUUGAGCAGCUCAAAAACCAAAUAAAGGAGCCUUACAAAAAGGUUGUAAUCGCAGAUGAUACCAGAGAAGAUCCAUUUAAAGCAAAACUCCUAGAAAUAAUGACAAAGAUUCAAACUUAUUGCCAACUGAGUCCAAUGUCAGAUUUUGGAACUCAACCCUAUGAACAAUGGGCCAUUCAAAUGGAAAAAAAAGCUGCAAGAGAAGGAAAUCGCAAAGACCGUGUUUGUACAGAACAUUUGAGGAAGUACAACGAGGCCCUACAAAUUAAUGACACAAUCCGAAUGAUUGAUGCAUACAACCACCUUGAAACUUUCUAUAAUGAUGAGAAAGAAAAGAGGUUUGCAAUCCUACAAGAUGAUAGUGAUAACAGUGAUGAUGAUGACUGUGAUGGUGAUGAAGAUAAGAAUGAUUUAAAGAAAUCUGUGAAACUGGAUGGCACAGAUAGAUUUCUCAUAGACUUAUUUUUUGAAAACAAGAAAAUGUUGAAAAAGCUGGCCGAAAACCCAGAACAUGAAAAUGAGAAGCUGACGAAGUUAAGAAACACCAUAAUGGAACAAUAUACUAGGACUGAGGAAUCAGCACGGGGAAUAAUUUUCACAAAAACACGACAGAGCGCAUAUGCGCUUUCACAGUGGAUUACUGAAAAUGAAAAAUUUGCAGAAGUGGGAGUCAAAGCUCAUCAUCUGAUUGGAGCUGGACACAGCAGUGAGUUCAAACCUAUGACACAGAAUGAACAGAGAGAAGUCAUUAGUAAAUUUCGCACUGGAAAAAUAAAUCUGCUUAUCGCUACUACUGUGGCAGAAGAAGGUCUGGAUAUCAAAGAAUGUAACAUUGUGAUCCGUUAUGGUCUUGUCACUAAUGAAAUAGCCAUGGUGCAGGCCCGGGGUCGAGCCAGAGCUGAUGAGAGCACCUAUGUCCUGGUUGCUCCCAGUGGCUCAGGAGUUAUUGAACGUGAGACGGUUAAUGAUUUCCGAGAGAAGAUGAUGUAUAAAGCGAUACACCAUGUCCAAAAUAUGAAGCCAGAUGAGUAUGCUCAUAAGAUUUUGGAAUUACAGAUGCAAAGUAUAAUGGAAAAGAAAAUGAAAAUCAAGAGAAGUAUUGCAAAGCAUUACAGGGCUCAACCAUCAUUAAUAACUUUGCUCUGCAAAAACUGCAGCGUGUCAGCCUGCACUGGGGAAGAUAUCCACGUAAUCGAGAACAUGCAUCACGUCAAUAUGACACCAAAAUUCAAGGAACUCUACAUUGUGAGAGAAAACAAAGCACUGCAAGAGAAGUUUGCUGACUAUCAGACAAAUGGAGAGAUUAUCUGCAAAUGUGGUCAAGCAUGGGGAACGAUGAUGGUGCACAAAGGCUUAGAUUUGCCUUGUCUCAAAAUAAGGAAUUUUGUAGUGGUUUUUCAAGAUAAUUCAAAAAAACAAUAUAAAAAGUGGGUUGAAUUACCUAUCACAUUUCCCAAACUUGACUACUCACAAUAUUGUUUGUUUAGUGAUGAGGAUUAGCAUUUGAUUCAACAUUCUUUUAAAAUAUCCAUUUAAUAGGAUUUUUAUUAAUGUUUAUUAUACUAUAGAACUGAUGUAAGAAUUAAUGCAAUCAUUGCUAUACUCUGCAUUGAACUCUUUAAUGGAGCACAAUAUAAUAUGCUUUCAAUUUUCUAUCUUAUUGAUGGAUUGGGAUAAAGAAAAUCCACCAAUCUGGGACUGGCACAUGGCAUUGUGGUUGGGGUGCUGAACUCCUACAUGGCUGACCACAGUUCAAACCCCAGACCUGGUGGCUUGCUUUCCCACUUUCCUUCUUUCUCUUUGUG